CCUUUUUUCCAGGAAAAAUGGCUACAGAUCAAUUAAGUUCGCUGAAUCUCAAGGGCUCUACGGAAGUGGUGUGUGAUCUGCUAUAUUACUGUGUGCAUAAUAUCAGUUACCUACGCGGAGUAUACCACAGUAAUUUGUACGAGUAUGAGACGAAAUGGGAUCAGAAGGUGUUUGUUUGCCAGAACGAACAAAUGCAGAAAUAUGUUUCCAAGAUGAUCGAUAGUUUCCGCAUUUGGAUGUUGAACAAAGAAGCUAGGAGUAUUGUGUUGGUGUUAUGCGAUGCAAUUACAGACGAGAGGUUGGAGCGUUGGCAGUUCGACAUAACUCUUGAUGACGAAUCCAUCUCAGCAGACGUGAGCAAGCCAGUAGACAACAGGAAACUGCGAUCUCAACUCCGCCAACUGAUCUACCAGAUCCACAACAUCAUGCUACUCCUGCCUCAACUACCGGACACGACAAUCACUCUGAAACUCCUGAUCUACACCAAGGAAAACGCAACUGUGAGCGAGGAGUUCCUGGAGACGACUCAACACCUGAUUGCAGAGCCACAGUCAAUCGAUUUUGAUAAAGUGAACACCAAUAUACACACUGUUAAAUCAUCAGUGCAGUAUAAGAAAGACAGCAACAUGACUACGAUUUAGUGCGAUGAUGAUGCUUUGGUUUAAUCACGUGGAUGAUGAGUUCUAUUGUGCAAUGGAUUGUUGAUGCAGCGAAUGACUGAUUGAGGUUGACGUAGUCUGUGAUUUAGUGCAAUAUGAAACUCUAGUUUUCAAGCUAUUAGAAAGAUAGCGAUCUUAAUAAAAAGAAAAACUUGCUUGUACUUUUUAGACCACCAUUUUCUCUCUGAUGUUUGCUUAUCUCGACCAGAAUAAAAUAAUCAGAUCAUUUUUUUAUUUACUCACGCGGGAAAAAUGGGAUAUGAAAAUUAUGAUGAAGCCUUGUCUCAUGCUCAAUAUUGGAUGCACAAAAAUGAUGGUCAAAAAUAACCUCAAUAGGCAAAACAAUUAGUUGAAUAUGUUUUUGUUGACUAUGAUUUGUUUACAAUUUUUCCAACUACAUGUUGGCUAUUGAUGUUUGAAUGAUUUGCUUACAUAAAGUGCAACUGCGAACUACAUUUUAUUAGUUAUCGUUUUCGUUUUUAAUUCACAGAUGAGUUCCGUUUA